GGUCUGUUUGUGUGUGUAGGUGCGUGUGGUGACGUCACGAACCCCACGCAAAAAAAAAGAGGAAGGCGAUGGAAAGCACUUGUGACAAUGUCGUAUACUAAUUCCUUCUUUUGAUUUUGAAUGAAUUGCUCACGAUGAAGAGAUGGUUCGGUCGCAGGUUGCCGCUCUUCAUCCUCGCCCUCAUCGCAGUUCUUUACGUCCACUUUGAGUGGGACGUCGGCCGGCUCUCGGGGCUCUUGCCAGCGGCGGCUCGUCGUCGCCUCCCCUCCGGCUUCCGAAGCCCUCGUGCCGUCACAGCCGUCACCCCCGAGUCGAGGGCCACCACCGCCGCGCCGGGGCGCCGCCGAGCGUCUGGGCUGCGGCUGGAGGACAUCUUCAUCUCGGUCAAGACCACCGGAAGGUUCCAUGGGACGCGCCUGGCCCUCCUUUUGAAGACUUGGAUCUCCACAACCAAGACGCACACGUUCAUUUUUACCGACACGGACGACGACCACUUGAAGGCCGAAGGCUACAACAUGGUGAUGACGAGCUGCUCUCCGGACCACAGUCAGCAGGCUCUGGCGUGCAAGAUGGCCGCCGAGUACAACGGCUUCCUGGCGUCCGACAAGAGGUGGUUUUUUCACGUGGACGAUGACAACUACGUGAACGGCGAGGCUCUGGUCGCCACGCUCGCCGCCUUCCCGCAAGAUGGCGACAUCUACGUGGGCAAGGCCAGUCUUUACAAACCAAUCACAGCUCACGAGCUCAUGGAGGGAAACCAAACGAGGGAAGUGAAGUUCUGGUUCGCCACGGGAGGAGCUGGAUUCUGUUUGAGUCGGCGUCUGGCCCACAAGAUGUCGCCCUGGGCCCGUGGCUCUCGCUUCCAGGAGACAUCGGCGAAGAUCCGUCUGCCCGACGAUUGCACGGUGGGCUUCAUUGUGGAGGACCGCGUGGGUGUCCCCAUGGUCCACUGCCCAUUGUUCCACUCGCACUUGGAGAACCUCAUGCUGCUUCGCCGCGCCAGCAUCCCGCACCAGGUGACUCUGAGUUACGGCCUGCUAGAGGAUAAGUUGAACAGUGUGGAGCUAAAAGGAAGUUUCUCCAAAGAAGAAGAUCCAUCCAGGUCAGCCAAAUCAGUCGGUCAGUCAUUGAGCAAUCAUGAAAAAAAAAAGUGUACUUUGGAAUCAGGUUCAAGACCCUGCACUGCUUGCUACACCCGCUAACCAGUUGGUGUCCCUGAACCACUACCAAGGAAAACCAGGAUCAGGACUUCAAAGCCUCCCAGUACAGUCUGGUGAUCAUCGUGACUUGGAAAGAGUCAAAUUUGAACAGCACUUUUAUUCAGCAAAUGUUCAAUUGUUUAUACAUUUGUCGUAUAACACCUUUCAAUCCAUUUUAAUACAUAUGACAUUUUAAAACAAAACAAAAAAAGCUUUUCCCGCCUGGCGGAAGUAGGGCGUGUCCUACCUCCACGGACUAGCCAAUCAUACGGCAGCUGGGCGUGUCCCGGCAUCGUCUCCAGUGCCAUUCGGACGAAAAGCCUGAGCGGCGAAAAUCUUCAGGUGACUUCCUGAUACAAGUGGCGGGGAGAGCCCCGCAUUCAUUCACUCACCUAAAUUCAUUCACUCUUCUCUCGUGUGAAGCAGCUGAUUGAUCAGCUCUUCCGCAUUUUAGUCCGUGUACAGCAAGCACUUUGUAAGCAGCCGUGGCUGUUUUCAUGUGCUCUCGAAAUACGGUUGAGUUGAGCUGAGGAUUCCCGAGUUCAGGGCAAGUCAACGAAAUCACAAGUCACCCGGACAGAUGUUUUAAUCAACCCGUGGACGUGAAUAAAUCUCGCACUGCGCUUGCAUGUGUAAAAU